CCAAAAAGCCACUUUCCUCUUCUUUUACUUUAUUUUGUGUGGCGCCCCCGCGCAUGCUCGUGGAUUCCAGCAAUGCCGUUGCCGAUCGAUCGAAUCGGGGAGAUUUUGCCUGUGAUCAAGCUGGAGGCGAUGGAGCCAUACGAGAUGGGGCUCGCCAUUGGGAAGCGCUUCUCGGCGAUGAUCGAGAGGAGAUUGGAGCAAGAUCCUCUUGUUCGAUCGCAGCUCGUGCCGUUUUCUCGAACGAGCGAUGGCGAGCAGCUUGUUGACGAUCUUAGUGCCACGAACAGGAAUGCGUUUCCUCGUUACUGGGACGAGCUUCGUGGCAUAGCCGAUGGAAGUGGUGCUUCGUUUCUCGAGCUGCUGCUCUUGAAUCUUCGCAAGGAGAUUUUUCCUUUCUUACCAACCGAAGUAGCAAAGGCCAGAGACGUGAACUUGGAAGCGGUGGAAUGCUCCGAUAUCCUCGUUUGCAGACCCGAUUUAACUGUGGUGGCACACAACGAAGAUGCGGACGUUUCAGUUGAAGGCCAUGCAUUCCUUCUUCACGCUGUUCUUCCACACGGAGUCUCAUUCUUCGCAUACACUUACGCUGGAGAACUUCCAACUUGUGCGUUUGGAUUCAACAGCUUCGGUGUGGCUUUUACUUUAAACGCAGUUCCUCUUGCUCCAAGCGAGACUGUUCGCGGUGGUGUUGGAAGGAACUUUGUCUCGCGAGAUCUGCUGGAAGCGAAGGAUUUCACGGAUGCUUUGAAGAGGAUACAAAAUCCGACAUUGUCUGCUGGACACUGCUAUAACUUGCUAGACAUCAACGCCAAAAUGAUUUUCAACGUCGAGACAGCAUCCAAGCAGCGUUUUACAUAUCUGCAAAUCUCCGAAGCGCCAUACUUCCACGCAAACAUGUACCUACGUUUGGAUGUCUCACAGGUUUCCAACGAUAGCUCUCUCCAUCGCGAGAAAAGAGCCGCUGAGAUGCCAAAGAACUCGCUGGAGGAGAUUCUAGCUGUUCUUGGCGAUGGCAGUGACGAGCUAUAUCCAAUCUACAUGGCAGGUCCAAAACUAUGCACACUCGUCACCGUCGUGUUUGACGCGAGCUCAAGAACAAUGACAUUGUAUCAUGGAAACCCAGCAAAGUCUUCCACGCUCCAGCUUGAAAUAUCCCUUGAUAGUGUUUAAAGAUUCUCUUUUCUUUCU